GGGCGUGUGUCUACCACACUCAUCGCCUUCUCUUCAUUAUCUUCAUAAACUCUUACAUCUUCAAUCAUUUUCUCCAUGGAAUCCAACCAACCAUCUCUCCAUGAUCCCAAAUUCACAGUCCCCAUCAGCGAUGUGGAGCAACAAGCCAGCCAGCUUGAGAAUGAAGCCAAGGAAUUCGACUACUCAAAACGCUCGCAAUGGUUAAGGGCCGCCGUCCUAGGAGCCAAUGAUGGGCUGGUCUCCACCGCGUCGUUAAUGAUGGGGGUCGGAGCCGUGAAGCAAGACAUCAAGGCCAUGAUACUAACCGGGUUCGCUGGCUUGGUGGCCGGGGCUUGCAGCAUGGCCAUAGGAGAGUUUGUAUCGGUGUACUCACAGUUGGACAUAGAAGUAGCCCAAAUGAAGAGAGAUAAGAGGAGGGUAGGCAGUGGAGAGAGUGAAGAAGAAGAGGGUGAGAAGGAGAACCUCCCCAACCCAGUACAAGCUGCAGCAGCAUCUGCCCUAGCAUUUGCAGUGGGAGCCAUGGUGCCAUUGCUGGCCGCAUCAUUUAUAAGGGAGUAUAAGGUAAGGCUAGGAGCGGUGACUGCAGCCGUGACAGUAGCUUUGGUUGUGUUUGGAUGGUUAGGAGCAGUGUUGGGGAAGGUACCAGCUUUUAGGUCUUGUAUGAGGGUUUUGGUUGGGGGAUGGCUGGCCAUGGCUAUAACUUUUGGACUAACCAAGCUGAUUGGCUCAAGUGGGCUGUGAAUAUAUUCCUUAACCUUUCCUUUUCCUUUUCCUUUCCUUUUCUUUUUUUUUUUUUUGGGUUUUCCCCUCCUUAAUUAACUGUUUCCCGAUCUGGGUCAAGUGGGUUUUGCUUUUGCUUUUGCAUUUUUGUUUUUAAUGUGGUGCUGUCGACGGCAGAUUUGCAUGGGAAGGAGGUUGGCCUUUUAGAAUUUAAAACGAAACAAGUCAAAAGUUUCGUGCUGACUACUCCAUCUUGUGAUGUAUCAAAAAUAAUUGAAUGCUUAAUUCUGCAAUUAUAAGCUGAUAUUUAUAUGUA